UUCCCUCCAAUUUCCUUCUCUUUCCUCGGCCUCGAUGAUCGCCGGUUCGGAACUUCCGCGCUGUGGCUCAACUUCUCUCUGCCGCGCCUCCGCCCCAUCUUCCCGUUCAAACUACCGGCGACUGAAACUGCUCUUCCAGUUCCCUUCCCUGUCCUUAAUCCGGACAAAAAUGGCCUCUACCCCCUCGAAUUCUGUCCAGUCGGGUCGGAUUAGGGUUUUGAAAGAUGGAACCGGAUGUCUUGACCGACCCGUGGGUCCAGUGGUGUACUGGAUGUUCAGGGAUCAACGGGUGAAGGACAAUUGGGCGUUGAUUCACGCCGUUGAUGAGGCCAACAAAGCCAAUGUUCCUGUUGCUGUAGCGUUCAAUUUGUUCGAUCGAUUUUUGGGGGCAAAGUCUCGGCAAUUAGGGUUUAUGCUGAGGGGUCUGCAAAAACUGCAACAUGAUCUUGAAGAAACGCUUCAAAUACCAUUCUUCUUGUUCCAGGGGGAAGCUGAACAGACUAUACCAAAUUUCAUGAGAGAAUGUAGGGCUUCACUUUUAGUUACUGACUUCUCACCCUUACGAGAAGUUCGGAAGUGUAAAGAGGAAAUUUGUAAGAGGGUAGAUGAUUCAGUUAAAGUACAUGAAGUUGAUGCCCACAAUGUGGUACCCAUUUGGGCUGCAUCCGAGAAAUUGGAGUACAGUGCAAAAACUUUAAGGGGCAAGAUAAAUAAAAAGCUCCCGGAAUACCUUAUCGAUUUCCCUGUUCUGCUCAUUCCAACUAGAAAAUGGCCUUCCACUGAUAAGUUUAUUGAUUGGAAUAUCCUUAUCACUGAUGUCUUGAGGAAAGGAGCAGAUGUUCCUGAAAUUGAAUGGUGUGAACCCGGGGAAAAGGCUGCCAUGGAAGUAUUGAUGGGUAGUAAAGAUGGGUUUUUGACUAAGAGGUUGAAGAGCUAUGCAGUAGAUAGGAACAAUCCAUUAAAACCUAGGGGCCUCUCCGGUCUCUCUCCAUAUUUGCAUUUUGGCCAAAUAUCUGCACAACGUUGUGCCAUAGAAGCACGUAAUGUACAAAAACUCAAUCCACAGGCAGUUGAUGUGUUUCUUGAGGAGUUAAUUGUUAGAAGGGAACUUGCUGACAAUUACUGCUACUAUCAACCGCGUUACGAUUCUCUGCUUGGGGCUUGGGAAUGGGCACGCAAAACCUUGAUGGACCAUGCAUCCGAUAAGCGAGAAUAUGUUUACACGAGGGAGCAAUUGGAGAAGGCGCAGACAUCAGAUCCACUCUGGAAUGCUUCUCAAUUGGAGAUGGUUUUCCAUGGAAAGAUGCAUGGUUUUAUGAGGAUGUACUGGGCCAAAAAAAUUUUGGAGUGGACAAAAGGACCUGAGGAAGCCCUGGAAAUUUGCAUAUACUUGAAUGACAAGUAUGAAAUUGAUGGGAGGGAUCCAAACGGAUAUGUUGGUUGCAUGUGGUCAAUCUGUGGCGUUCACGACCAGGGUUGGAAAGAACGACCGAUAUUCGGGAAGAUACGAUACAUGAACUUUGCUGGGUGCAAGAGAAAAUUCGAUGUUGAUGGCUACAUUGCCUACGUCAAGAGGCUUGUGGGUGGAAUCAAGAAAAGAAAACCAGAGGAGGCCCUGCAGGAUAGAAAGCCAAAGGAAAUUCGUUGCUAGUUAAUGUGAAUUUCAGAGGCUGCAAAGCUUAGCGCAGUAAUGAUAUAGUUUGAUGAAGAGAAAAAGAUCUUUGUUUUGCAGUACUAUGACUCUCAAGCUCUGAACUUUGUAAUUUGUAAGCCACAUUUGUUUAAAUCCACCAACUAACUUCAUGAAUUUGUUCGUAAAUAUAAAUCUUUGAUUGAUCUGCCA